GUCCACCAUUCUUCCUCUCAACCACUCUUUUCAUCAAUCUCUCUCUCUAUAUCAGUCACUCAAAAACCAGUAGAGAGAGAAACAGAAAAAUGGGUUUAUCUCUGCCCAAUCUUUCCCUAAUCCUCGUCUUAUUCUCCCUCCUCUUCAUACUCUCAUCAACAAUCGCCACUCAAUUUACUGAUGACGAUGUGACAGCCGUCUAUGAAGCUUGGCUCAUCAAGAACAAAAAAUUCUACAAUGCCAUCGGCGAAAAAGAGAGAAGAUUCCAGAUCUUCAAAGACAAUCUUCACUUCAUAAAUGACCACAACGCCGACAACCAUACAUACAAGCUCGGUCUUACCCGGUUCGCUGAUCUGACCAACGAGGAAUACCGAUCUAUGUACUUAGGUGGUCGGUUUGAAAACCACCGGCGUCUCUCUUCCCUGAGGAGCAGCGAUCGUUACCUUCCAAAAGUCGGUGAUAGCUUGCCGGAAUCCGUCGAUUGGAGAAAGGAAGGCGCUGUUCCUGAAAUCAAAGACCAAGGAAGCUGCGGGAGCUGUUGGGCUUUCUCAACGAUUGCUGCUGUUGAAGGAAUCAAUAAGAUUGUUACAGGGGAAUUACUUUCUCUAUCUGAGCAAGAACUUGUAGACUGUGAUACAUUCUACAAUGCAGGAUGCAAUGGAGGAUUGAUGGAUUAUGCUUUUGAAUUUAUCAUCAAUAAUGGCGGAAUCGAUACUGAACAAGAUUACCCAUAUUUGGGAAUUGAUGGAACAUGUGAUACUUACAGAAAAAACGCAAAAGUCGUCACCAUUGAUGACUACGAAGAUGUUCCUAUUAACGACGAGAACGCCCUUCUGAAAGCUGUCGCCAAUCAACCUAUUAGCGUCGCUAUUGAAGCCGGUGGACGGGCAUUUCAGUUAUAUGAAUCGGGUAUAUUCACUGGAAAAUGCGGUACAUCGCUAGACCACGGGGUGGCAGCGGUUGGAUACGGGUCAGAAAAUGGGAAAGACUAUUGGAUUGUGAGGAACUCGUGGGGGAAAUCAUGGGGAGAGAACGGUUACAUAAGGAUGGAACGAAAUGUUCCUCAUGUUACAUCGGGGAAAUGUGGUAUCGCGAUGGAGGCAUCUUAUCCGAUAAAGGCUGGUCAAAAUCCACCCAAUCCCGGGCCAUCGCCUCCUUCGCCGAUUAAGCCUGCAAGUGUUUGCGAUAGCUAUUAUUCCUGUCCUGCUAGCACCACUUGUUGUUGUGUGUAUGAAUAUGGAAAGUAUUGUUACGCGUGGGGUUGUUGCCCGCUUGAAGGUGCCACGUGUUGCGACGAUCAUUACAGUUGUUGUCCUAGCGAUUAUCCUGUAUGCAACGUAUACGAGGGAACAUGCUUAAUGAGCAAAGGCAAUCCUUUGGGGGUGAAGGCGAUGCAACGAAUAGAGGCUACACCGCAAUGGGCAUACCGCGAUGCUGGUGAGAAAAGGAGCAGUUCUUGAUGAAAUGGAAUGAAUGGAUGAAUGAAUGGGGAUUUCCUUUAUUGAUGUUAAUCCUAUGUUGUAUAUAUGUAUUGAUGAAACAAAACUAAGACAAUUGUUGUAGUCUUUGUUUAAUAAUCAUUGCAUGUGAACUGAAUAUGUUGUUAAAGGCAACUUGAUUGUUUGUCUUAGAAUUUCACAUUGAUCAGCUGGGUCGCCCAAUUGGUUA